CUUGACGGCGUGCUUGUUCAUUCCGCGUGACACUGGUAAUGAAGAAACACAAAGUUAGAGCUGGUGAUGUGGGAGCUAUUCAGGCAUCUGAGUCCUUUGCGGUAAUUUCAGAGGACAAGAAACCUACUUUGGAUUGCAGCCAAUGGCCAUUAUUGUUAAAAAAUGUUCAUCUUAUGAAUGUACGCGAGUGCCAUUUCGAGGCCGAUACAACAGGUUACUCUCCUUUACACAGACCUCUGGAUGAAUACAUCAAGAGUGGAGUUAUCAACCUCGACAAGCCAUGCAACCCAUCGUCGCAUGAAGUUGUUGCGUGGGUGAAACGGGCCCUUGGAGUCAACAAAACUGGUCAUAGUGGCACUUUAGAUCCCAAAGUUUCAGGCUGUCUUAUUGUCUGUAUCGACCGUGCUACUAGGCUAGUGAAGUCUCAGCAAAGUGCUGGUAAGGAGUAUGUGUGUAUAUUUAGACUUCACGAGUCCGUGGAUGAGAUCAAAAAAAUACAAAAAGCUGUAGAAGGGCUAACUGGAGCAUUAUUCCAGAGACCUCCACUAGUUGCUGCUGUUAAGCGCCAACUCAGAGUUCGUACAAUAUACGAGUGUAAACUGUUAGAGUAUGAAAAAAGUAAAAAUUUGGGGUUAAUAAUGGUGCGCUGUGAGGCUGGAACGUAUGUUCGGACGCUUUGCGUGCAUUUGGGCUUGCUUCUAGGUUGUGGAGGUGUUAUGGAGGAACUUAGGCGGUCGAAAACUGGUUUUAUGUCUGAAAGGGACAACCUGGUCACUAUGCAUGACAUACUAGAUGCGAAGUGGCUUUAUGACAAUAGGCGAGAUGAGACUUACUUGCGUCGUGUUAUAAUGCCUCUUGAAAAGCUGCUCAUCAAGCACAAACGAAUUAUGCUUAAGGAUACUGCCGUGUGCGCUAUUUGCUUCGGUGCGAAACUUAUGUUGCCUGGCGUACUCCGUUACGACAACGACAUCAAUGUCAACGAUGAAAUAGUCUUAAUGACUACCAAAGGCGAAGCCGUAGCUCUUGCUGUCGCACUAAUGACUACUGCAACAAUCGCGACGUGUGACCAUGGAUUAGUCGCAAAACUGAAAAGAGUAAUAAUGGAGCGUGAUCUCUAUCCUCGCCAGUGGGGUCGUGGUCCUGUUUCCAUGGAAAGGAAAAAACUUGUUGCCCAAGGUUUACUUAAAAAGUUUGCCAAAUCUGACGGUGUGACAAAUAACCCGAACUCUGUUGGAUCCAAAACCAAAAUGGAAGUGAGUGAGGCUGGGGAAGCUGUAACACGGCGAAUUAAAGCACCAAAUCCUUCCGACUCAAGUGACGAUGAAAUGACAAGCAAAAAUUUGAACGAUCACGACGGUCAGGAUACGGAAGCUGAAGAAUCAUCAUCCGACGACAGUGACUGACUCUAUUUUUCAGAGCUAUAAAUAAACUGUAUAUUUUCUCGCAAUUCAUUGUGUUCUCGUGUGCCUCAAUACUGAUACUUGAGGACAACAGUCGAUGGGCUGACGUAACUUGCGUACAAGAAUAUUCGUGAAGCAUCCCCCUUACUGCGCGUUUAUGACUUAUAGAAUAUGACAACUAUUCAGAUUUGCACGUUUAAAACGUAAACGCAUUAUAUAUGUGGUGUUAAUAUAAGAUGUGUCAUCGAAAGCAGCCAUUAGCCGAUCCCCACUAUAUUUAAGAUAUCUUUAUGGUUAUUGUCCCCAAUGCCAGUUUUCUGGAGUCGGUCAAGUCAUUUGUUGAAUCUCAAACUACUAAGUCAAAUUUAUGUCAGUGGAUGUCGAUAUCUUGUUAUAACGUUAGUGAGUCGAGGUCACAUUAACUAUAUGCUCACUGACUAUCAUAAAGAGCGAGUUAGUUGAUGAAGUGUUGCCUUCACUGCUACAUAGAGUAAGGAUGGAUAUCCUCCUUAGAAGCCAAUCACGAAAACGCAUCUGCUGAUUUCGUGUUAUCUCGCGUUGCCAAACCUGAUAUUUACAUUCGAGGCGAUAAAUAAUCAUCAUAUCACUGUUGAACUUUUGUUGGUACUCACCUUCGUGCGCCAUACGGUGGAACGUAGUUUGGCAUAAUCGGAUUUACCUUAGUUCGUUAGUUUAGCAUUCAGACGGAACACUGAGAUUCAGUUCGUUACACUAAUUGCAGUAAUUUUAACCCUAUCCCUUGGAUUAUUCUACUGGUACCGAUAUCACUGAAAGUCAAUAUAUACGAACAGGACAACAUCGUCUAUCCAAACUGACCUUUUGGUUAAAAUCCAAUGUAGUGUCAUUAUCAGCAUUCCUGAUGCAUCGGUUGUUUCACCACUCGACCAUUACUUAUCUAGGGAUGGAUCACUUAUACUGUCUAUUAGUUAAAAUAUUAACUACCAGUUAGUUUUAUGCGUUUUGAUGUGACUCGCCAAGUCAUUUUUCUACUGAAUCAUGUCUGGGUUUCUUUUUCUUUGAAUUAGCCAGGUCGUUUUUUAUUUGGCACAUAUUGUUAACUAAUCUAAACAUUUUGAAGCCAUUUACAUGUUAUUUCUAAGUCAAUUGCUCCUGUUUUGUUUGAUUUACCGUUCAGCUUAUGGUUACUGUAGGAUUUUU